UAUAUAUAUAUAUAUAUCCAUAGAUGCUAAAUAGGAGACUCACUUACACUAAAGAAAUGAAGAGACUUCUUUAGGUUUGAAUAAAUGGACUGAAGAUGUUUAGAUAUAUUGUUAAAAUAGUUUGAAAUGGGAUGAUCAUGCAAAUCUGUCACUAAGAAUGUUUAUGCUUAAGAUAAAUCAUGACAAUCAUUUAUUUUGCAGCGUUUAGCUGAGGGGACAAUAUUAAGAUACCUUUGAGCUUAUCCAUGGUAUUGUAACUGUUUAUUUAUGUUUUUGUUUUCCUCCAAGUUUGCACCAUGUGAACACUUUCUACUGCAGUUUACUUUCAGUUUUAAAAUGUUUAAUUGGGUGUCUUCUUGCGUGUUUUUAUCACCCUGUUGUAGAAAACUCUUGGUUGUAAGUGUUUGCUGUGUUUGCAGCCGUCAGCCUUACCUCCAGUUUCCUCAUUUCCUCUUGACUUGCGAAACAAGUCUGUUAACACACUAACUUCCUAGUCAAUCGGAAUCGGGUGGAGAUCUCACUCUUUUCUGGUGGUGUAAAUAGUGACUGUUUACCUGUUACCUGGUUGUUUGACUGUCUGCUGGUAUGAAUCUGUGAUGGUGUUUAGUUUGUCCUGAAGGUGGUACUGUUGGUGUGCGUCUACGUGUGUUUACAUGUCUUCUCCCUCACUUUUGCCACAUCUUAAAGCUCUUUAUUCAUUGUUUUUAGGCAGUUCUGUCCCCUUAGGGUAAAUCCAAAAGACUAAUGUUCUCAUUUGAACUCAUGCAGCAUUUUCUGGGUGUGAAAUUAGCAGAUUUUAAUGGCUCAUUACUCUGCAGGAAGCUGCCUGUCUUUGUGCCACAGAGGACCAUUCUGUUCUGCAGCUGAUUCUCUGUAAUAAGGAACUUCUAAGGCCCAUUUCCUCUGAAACGGUUUAACCCAUAAGCUUUUCACAUUAAUGACGUAAUAAUUUACCCACGAUGCCAGAAAAACCAGAGUUUUUUCACACAUGCCCCGGGACCUUUGCAGACGACAUAUACACAUGAUGCAAUGUGAAAAUGCUGACAAUCGUGACUCUUGUAUAAAUAACUGUUGGUCCGAAGUAGCUCAUUCUGCCUUAUUACCAUCCUUACUUCAAAAUCCUCUGUUGGCCUUUUUCAAACUGAGAUUUGCCAAACGGUGGCAUGAGUCUAUGGAACAAUUAUUUUGGGGAUUUUCUUUUUAUAUAUAGAUUUGGGAGAACUGUUUUACAACAACCUUUCAUUUUUGUCUGUAGAAAUACAAGCUUCAUGAUGUCAAACAGAAGAAUCAGUGUAAUCACCACCCUCUGAUUUUUAUGUGUUGUCUUAUUCCACUCUACCAACUGAUGUUAACAGUGUGUGGAUUCAUUGUUGUUCCUCUUUUCAGUUUUGUCACAAAACUGAGGUACGUUCAAAGGUACACAAGGAUACAUUUGUUUUCAACUUCUCAGAUAUUUUUUUUUAUUUUUAAUUUAUUUAAAUGAAAUAAAACUGUGUAUAAAGCUGUUUUGUGCCCCACCUCAAUCUCGUCCUCUUGGAAAUCUUAUGUAGACAAACGGUGACUGCGCGGCAGGUUUUUGGGCCUUACUCUUAGGGUGCAUGUGAAAUCGUCACUGGGUGAUGUUCACGCCAAAGUUAGUCUGCUUCACCUCAGUGCAACAUUCUGUUUCCCUCCAAGUAUAAAAUCCUCCUUCGAUCUGCUGCUUCCAUUUGGUUGUUGUGUCUUAUCUCAGUCUGAAGCCAUUCAAAGCCAUGGCCAUGCUCAGAGUGUCUUCUUACCGCAAGCUGUUUGAGGACGACAGCUGGAGACGAAACGGAGGGUUGAGCGUGCGGUGUGCGGGGCAAUACCGGGCCUCUGUCAGGGCUGCUGCUGUUGAUGAGUGCGACUGUGAUAAGUUAGACUUUGCAGCUGCCAGGGCUCAGAACAAAGAAGGUCUGGACCAGUUUGUCCAGGACCGCACCGUCAUUGCUGCCCUCAAUGACCGCCUGGUCAGGCUGAUUGAGCUGGCUCGUUGUUUUGAGGACGACAAUGAGUCUCUUGAAUGUCAGAUCACUGAGUUGGAGGAAGAGCUGAACAAUCGCCAGGCCUCUUCCAGCAUCACCUCCACUGUGGCGGUGCCCGACCACAGCCUGGACGCUGUGGUGGAAAGACUGGGCAAGCAGAGGGAUGAGAUUCUGAAUGACACACAGGAGCUGCAGAAAGAGCUCAAGCUCCUGAAGAAAGACUAUGAGAAGGCGUCGCAGCAGAGGAUCUUCGUCCGGCAGGAACAACAAGAUGUGGCUGAGGAAGUGGAUGCUGUGACAGCAGAGUGUUUGGCUCUGAGGGAGCAAGUGACUAUCUACGAGGAGCAGCUGGCCAGCAUGGAGACCCUGCACAGGACGACAGUGGAGGAUAUGCUGGAGCCCAACGAAGGGAUCACCCGGGCAGCAGUGAUUAAAUUUGGCCGCCCUGACAUUGCUCCGGCUUUGGAUGUAAAAAAGUACUACUGCCAACUGGCUGAGACACUCCAGUAUGAGUGCGGUGCAGCCUCCUCUGCUGUGGUCCACAGUGGUGACGGAAAGGAAGUGGAAGUGGGAGGAACUGGAGGGUCAACGGUCAAAGACUUGACAAAGAUAAAGGACGCCGGUGAGAUAAAGAUGCUGACAUGGCCUGAAACAACUCAUGUUAGGGAAACCAUCCAGCAUCAUACAAUUUCAGAGCUACAAAAGGAGCUUGCUGAGCUCGAGAAGCAUAACGAGGAAUUGGAGGACGAGGUUGAAAUGAAGAAGGCUGCAUACAUGGAUGAGAUUGCUGAUCUAGAGGCGACUAUAGAUGAAAUGAAGUGUCAGAAGGCCAAUUUCCAAGAACAGAUGAAGGAGCAGUGUGAAGACUAUAAGUUUCUGCUCACUCAGAAGAUGGCCAGAGACAUGGAGAUUGCUGCUUACAGGAGUCUAGUGGAGGAAGAGGAGGAGAGACUGUGCAGCCUGUGACUUAAGCCUGAGCAGUCAGAUCGGCUGUCCUGACUGUGGUUGUGCUCCCCAACACAGACAAAAGACAAACGCGUAAAAACAGACCCCAUUUCUGCACUUCGAUGAAGCUUAACGCAACGAUUCGGCAUUUUGAGCAGACGUAAACUUAGUAUGACAGAUUAAUGCUGUCUGGAGGCCUACAGUAAGCCGGGCCAUUGAUUACAGGUUUCUGGCAGAUGACCCUGAUACUCCAAGAAAGAUGGAGCUGUCUAAAACUGGUGGGGGCUGUGGGAUGAGUGUGUAUCCAUGCAGCGUCUGGAAGGGAUAUUUCGUUAAGUGGGGUUUUAUCUUUACCAGCUCUCUGAUAUGACUCAUAAAUGCUUUGUCCCCUCUUUGUUGAACAAGACUGACACGCAAUCGCAGAUAAACACACACACACACACCCUCAACUGUGCGGCUCCGCGGAGUCAUUCCCGCUCUGAUAUCACCUCGUCCAUCACUCAGCCUCUGUCUGGCUCUUAACCUGCGACCCCGUCACUGUUAACAAAGACAAUGACGGCUCUCUCUUCUUUAACUAAAAGCGUUUCGCCUUCCCUUUGCUUUUUCAGCCAUACAUUUGAGUUGGUUUUGACGGCCGAGAGUCCAGCAUGCUGUGUUUGCUUUUCAAAUGGUUCAUGAAGUUGUUUUUCUGCAGCUCUUUCAAAAUGAGCACCUGGAUCUUUCCACAAGAAAAACUCUGUGUGAUUAAUCAUUGCUUCUUUCAAAAGCAGUGUCCCAAUUUACCGUCGUUUCGGAAAUAAGCAUUCGGUAAUACAUUCCCUAGUAAUCUUUUCCUUAUUUUCUACACAAUGUUAAAGCCGUCUGCGAUAAAUCAUUUUUGGUUGCUGCCUCUGCACAAGCAUCAAAAUGUUCUUUAGAUUUAAAUUGAAUAAAACUAGUUGCUUGAGAGAUCAACCCACGCUGUGUGAUUUCUUUUGUUAAAACUCCUGGUUCAUGAGAACCCCUUGUGAAUCCUCAGGCUUAAGACUUUCUCCCAUACUGUAGAGCAGAGUGAUUUAUGUUCAGUGAACCUUCUUCCAUUCAUCUUCAUGCUUAACGUGAGAUUUGCACAUUCCCAGCAAUUAGGGAUCUCAAAGGCUUGUUAGCUCUGCCACAAAGAUGAAAAAUGCUGCUAAUAACUGAUCAGAUAAGAUUAGCCACACUCCAUGAACUUGAGCUCAGUGACUGGGGAAGUGGUUGUGUGGCAUCGGUGACUUCUUUAAAUGCCCCGACAUGAAGAAUGGAUGGCUCAGAAAGGGUUUUCUCAGAGAAUAGGAAAUGGAGGGUUUUUCUUUCUUUCUAAUAUUUAAAGCUUAACAACGUCCCAGUGCUUCCAAAAUAUCCCUCAUACUAAAAAUGUAGCAGGAACUACACCCUAACAUGCCGUAUUUUAGGAAAGUCACCCUCUUUCCUGGUCUUGUGCAUUGUUGCCAUGUACAGGAAAAGUGAUGCUGUACACAUCCUUACCCAUUUCCUCACACAGAACGACCAUCGUUAGUGAUUAUGGAGUAAUUUUCCUCCUGAAAUGUAGAGCCAGGAAGACAGAUGUAAAAAAAAUGGGACUUUGGGGAAAAUUUACUGAAAAGUAGUUCCAUGUGCAAACAUUGUGUGAAAAACAUCAAAGAGGAAAACACAAUACUCAUAGAAAAAGAAUCCCACAGCAGAACGUUAUCUGGAAAUUAAACUUGGGAAAAAAAGCCUAGAAAUAGAAGAGAAGGCGAUCACUCUAAACUGAACUAGUUUUUCUCAUCACCGAUGCUUCCAUACAUGCUUAAUGCUAUUAGCAAGUGAUGCUAGUCUAAUGAAUCGGAGCUGGGGUGAAUACAAAUACACUUUUAUGAUUUUAAUUUAAAUUUAAAUCUGGUGCAGAUGUUCUAUCGUCAUUAUUAGCGAGUUAAGUUACUUCACAAGUCAUUUACACAUGAAAACACCUAAAAGACAACUUUUGUGUGCAUUUCCAAAGACCUAUUAGCUGAAAAACUGGCAUCUCUCAGGAGACGGUGCAAUGUGUGCCAAAAAGUUGGAGGAAAUUGCAUAAGUGGAGAACAAAAGAAAAAGUGGCAAUCCUAAAAAUAAAGAUAUAACCAUCUAAAAACAUGUACAGCAGAUGAACAUCAUCUGAAAGUCAUGUCCUUAAGAAACAGGAAAAAUACUCACACUUGUAUUUUAUUUGCAUUUAUUUGCAUUUAUUUGUUUGCUUUUAAAGUCACUACAUCAGCACUAACAUUGACAAUUACAUAACGUUUUUAUUAAACACAUGUUUGGUUGUUAUGGUUCCUCGAUAAAAAGCUGAACUAAUUACAAUAAUUGAACUGGACUUUUCCAUGUUUGUGCUGUUAGCACCGCUUUAAGGGAGUUAUUUAACAUAAUAUGUCAUUUUCUCUGUGUUCCAGACCAUCCAAGGAGACUUUGUUUGACUUUUAGUCUGUCAUGUUCUUUUAGCGUUACCAUUUUCUUAGUUAAUUUGCUGUAAUUUGUGACUGUGUUGCACUUGUAUGGUUUAUUUUGCCUGCUAACCAAGCUAGCUAUCGUUAGCUAAUAACCUAGCACUGCACCCUUUCAUCCAAACACAGUCACUUCUGACUAACAGAACUUCAGCACUAAGGCCUCAAAAUCAAUGGAUGUUUAUGCAGUCUAUCGUUAACAUGAGUCAUUCCUGUGUUCCCAGGGUCCUACGUUCUCCAGAUUUAUGUGGUACAUAAUCGGAACAUGACAAGAGAUCCUGUGUUCCCAGGGUCCUGAUGCAUGUACCCUAGCUUUAUAGCAUAUAUUCAGAACCUG